AUGGGGUUCCUCGGCGUCUACAAGGCCGUGUACGACUACGAGCCCCAGAGCGAGGGCGAGCUGGCCAUCACCGAGGGCGACCUGCUCUACGUCCUCGAAAAGGAUGGCGAGGACGACUGGUGGAAGGCCAAGAAGAAGGCCGCCGCCGACGAUGACGACGAACCCACGGGUCUGAUCCCGAACAACUACGUCGAAGAGGCCCCCGUCAUCAGCGCAGCACGCGCCCUCUACGAUUAUACCCGCCAGACCGACGAGGAGAUAUCAUUCUCCGAGGACGCCAAGCUGCAGGUCUUUGACACCUCGGAUCCCGACUGGAUCUUGGUCGGCGCCGACGGCGAUUAUGGCUUCGCUCCGGCCAACUACAUAGACAUGGGCGACGCCGCGGAACAGGAGGAAGAAGACGAAGCAGAGCCCGAGCCCGAGCCCGCGCCCGCCCCUGCGCUCCCGUCCUUGCCGCGACCUGAGCCCGCAGCUCCGCCUUUACCGCCCUCACUCCCCGUCCGCCCCCCCGUCUCCGCCGAACCCGAAGAGCCUCCCAGCCCUGCUCUGCCUGCCCGACAUGCCUCGGUGGCAUCGGAGCCGAGCCCGGUCGCCCCUGCCGCCGCCCUCGCCGGUGUUAUGCAGGGCAGGUCGUCAACGAGAGCCCCGACGCCCCCUCCCAUCGUCGUGCCACCGCGCCAGCAGUACCUGUCGGAGGAGUCGGAAGACGAGCCCAGCCCUGCUUUGCCCGUGCGUCCUCGCUCGCAGUCGGCCCUAUCUAACGACCAGUCUCUGGCAUCCCCCUCUCUGGCAUCCCCCUUGCCGCAGCGGACCAGCAGUCGCCGGGUCAGGGAAUAUGAGGACGACCAUCCGGUGCGCGAUCACGGCAAGAUUGCCCCGGGGGGCUUUCACAUGUACAAUAUCAACGAGAUGGUCUCGGUCAUGGGCAAGAAGAAGAAGAUGCCCACGACACUCGGGGUCAACUUGAAGACGGGACUUAUACUGAUCGCGCCGGAGCGACCUUCUGACGGGCCUACGCAGGAGUGGUCGGCCGAUAAGAUGACACACUACUCACGAGAGGGCAAGCACGUGUUUUUGGAAGUGGUGCGCCCCAGCAGGAGCAUCGACUUUCACGCCGGCGCCAAGGACACUGCCGCAGAGAUCGUCAGCGCCCUGGGCGAGCUGUCGGGCGCCAUCCGCGCCGAGGGUCUACGGGAGGUCAUCAUGGCCGGCACCGGCCAUGCCAGCCAGAAGAAAGGCGUCAUCCUCUACGACUUCAUGGCCCAGGGAGACGACGAGGUUACCGUGGCGGUUGGGGACGAGGUCAUCGUCAUAGACGAGCACACAAGCGAGGAGUGGUGGACAGUUCGCCGACUCAAGAACGGCAAGGAGGGCGUCGUGCCCAGCAGCUACAUUGAGGUCACCGAGACCAUCACAUCGCCGACCGCGGCUUCCACUUCGGGCAUCAAUGCCGGACGCUCUACCGUUGCCCAGAACCGCCUGGAGGAGCAGCGUUUGACGAAGGAGGCCCUCAAGAAAGAUCAGAAAACAGCAGAGCAGCGAAGCAAGCGCGAAAGCGGUCGAACCGAAGCCAGCGGCAGUCGGUCCUCAUCCUCCAAGUCAAAACCCGACCCUUCGAAGACUCGAGUUUGGACGGACCGGAGCAAGUCCUUCAGCGUCGAGGCUCAGUUCCUCGGCGUCAAGGACGGAAAGAUCAACCUCCACAAGGUGAACGGUGUCAAGAUUGCCGUGCCGGUGGCCAAAAUGUCGGUCAAGGACCUCGAGUACGUUGAGCUCAUCUCUGGUAUCUCCCUCGACGAGGACAGGCCCCUGUCCGACGUGAAGCGAGCUCAGACGACGAGAAACAAGGCACAGGCCAAACAAGAGGCUGCCAAGGUUGGCGCAUCGAUUGAGCCUCCCAAGUCCGACUACGACUGGUUCCAAUUCUUCCUGUCGUGUGAUGUCGCCGUCGGACUUUGUGAGAGGUAUGCGCAGUCUUUCGCCAAGGAUUCCAUGGACGAGAGCGUCCUGCCGGACGUGGAUGCUAGUGUCUUGCGGAAUCUGGGCCUUCGAGAGGGCGACAUCAUCAAGGUCAUGCGCUACUUGGACAAGAGGUACGGCCGGGACGGCAAGAAGAGAAACGUGAGUUUCGCCGGGGACGACGAGGGAGAUGGUGCAUCGGGCGGCCUGUUCUCGGGUCCCGGUGGUACACUACGAAACAAUACUCGAAAAGGACGGCCUGCCCCGGCCGUGGAGACAAACAACACGGUUGAUGCCAAGGCGCUCUCUCUGGGUAAGGACACAAGUGCGGAUAGUUCGUCAGCAUCGUCACCUGCCGCAUCCCGGCCGGCGGCGACGGGGAAGAGCGCCGGCGGCUUUGAUGACGAUGCCUGGGAUGUGAAGCCGUCAAAGCAGCCGGAGGCCAAGCCCGCCCCGACCCCGGUGACGGCGGCGGCGGCGGCCCCUGAGCCGAAGCCGGUUGCUCAAGAAGCACCGAAGCCACCGCCUACGCAAGGCCUGCUGGAUCUGUCGCUUCUCUCGCAGCCCCUGGAACCCGAGAAGGUACAGCCAACGCCCCCAUCACAGCCACAGAUUGUUCAACCUCCGCCUCAGCCCGCUCCUCAACAGCAGCCUCCUACAAGCCAGCCUCAAGGUGCGACCCCAGGCUUCUUCACUAGCCUUGCCCAGCAGCAGACCGGCAUUGCGACCAUGCCGACUGGACAGCCAUUGAACUUGGGGCUCGGCGGCAGUCGCCAACGACCUCUGGCCCCUCAGAUGACACAAGGCCAGCCUGGGUUGGUGCCUCCUCCGCCUGCUCGGCCACUGUCCGCACCGCAAUCUGCGCAGCCCAGUGGAUUUGCACCACCUCCGUUGCAGCCUCAGAUGACGGGCAUUGCUCCCCCGGGUCAGAGCAUGAACGACCUCGCCCAGCAGCAGAGGAUGCAGCAGCAGCAGCAGCAAUACAUGGGUGGCUUCCAGCCGCAACCUACCGGCCAAGGUAUGAUGGGUUUCAAUGCAGGCGUAGGCAUGCAGCCGCAGCCUACAGGAUUUGGGGCAAACCAGUUCAUGCAGCCUGCCAUGACGGGCGCACCGCAGAUGCAGCAAAGACCCUUCGGCGAUCCGCGCCCGCAGCAGUUCUCGCCCGUCCAGGCGCAGCCCACCGGCUUCCCGGGCGCCUUCAACAACCCCGGACAGCAAUUUCAGCCCGGUGGUGGCGUCAACUCGUACCUGCCGCCUGCCAUGGAACCCCAGAGGACAGGCAUGCCGCAGAUGCAGCCUGCAAUGCAACCCCAGCAGACCGGAUUCGGCGGGGGCUUCGGCACGGGUUUCAACCCGGGCAUGGGCAACCACCAGCAGCAGCAGCAGCCGCUGCCGCCACCAGCCGCUCCUCUCCAGCCGCAGCAGACUGGGCCUGCUCCCCCGGUCCGAUUUGGUGUGCCGGACAAGAUCGUGCCACAGGCGACCGGUCGCCGUGCGAAUCUCGCACAUGCAACUCCACAAAACCCAUUUGGAUUCUGA